AGCUGCGGCGGCGCAGGAGGGGGCGGGUUCGGUGAGGGCGCGGCCUCUGAGAGGGGGGCGCACGACGCGCAUCCCUUGUGCUCGCCUGGGCCACUCGGGAACCUCGCGGCAGCCCGGUGCCCCACUUGGCCAUCCGCUCCGUGCUUUCUCCUCGCGCCCGCCUCCUCUUGUCACCUCCCGUCUCACCCUUCUCGCUCCAUCCCCGCCGCAUACACCGCCAUCUGAGUGCCUCAGAGAGCCGGGGAAGUGGUGCGCGGGACUGCAGGGCGCGACCUCAAGCGGUCCCCAGCUCGGCAUUAGGGGGCAAGGGCAACAGCAUGGACACCAAGCGCUGCUUCGCUAACCGCUUCGAUGACUACCAGGGCAGCCUGCUGGCGGGCCAGUGCGAGGAGGCGGCGGUGGCGCCCUUGGUCACCGCCACCAUCGAGCGCAUCCUCCAGGAGCUGCCCCCGCUCGGGGGUGGCGCUGAGGCGCGGGGGGCGACAGCCGGGACCAGCGGCUGCCAGGGGGGGCUGUAUGGCGGCGUGGCCGGGGUGGCCUACAUGCUCUACCACGUCUCGCAGAGCCCGCUCUUCACUGCAGCCCGAGAGCGCUACCUGCGCUCGGCCAAGCGCCUCAUCGACGCGUGCGCCCGCGCCGAGGAGUGGGGCGAGCCGGACGCGGACACCCGGGCCGCCUUCCUGCUGGGGGGCGCGGGCGUGUACGCUGUGGCCACUCUCGUGUACCACGCCCUGGGCCGGUCCGACUACGUGCAGCCGCUGGGCAAGUUCCGGGCUCUGUGCGCCGUCUGCGCACCGGUCUCCUUCCUGGAGUGCGGAUCCGACGAGCUGUUCGUGGGCCGCGCGGGUUACCUGUGUGCAGCGCUGGUGCUCAAGCAGAAGCUCGCCCAGGAGGUGCUGACCCCAGCACAGAUCAAAUCAAUUUGCCAGGCAAUUCUGGACUCUGGGAAGCAGUAUGCCAUAAAAAAGAGGAAACCAUUCCCCUUGAUGUAUUCUUACUAUGGAACAGAAUACUUGGGGGCAGCUCAUGGCCUGUCGUCCAUUCUUCAGAUGCUUCUUUCUUACCAUGAGCACCUCAAGCCGUCAGAUCGGGAGCUGGUGUGGCAGAGUGUGGACUUCCUCAUGGAACAGGAACAGAAUUGCAACUGGCCGCCUGAGCUUGGCGAGACCAUCGAGAGAGAGAAUGAACUGGUCCACUGGUGCCAUGGCGCUCCAGGAAUUGCCUAUCUGUUUGCCAAAGCUUAUCUAGUUUCCAAGAAACCGCAAUACCUGGACACAUGUAUCCGGUGUGGGGAACUCACAUGGCAGAAGGGCCUGUUAAAGAAGGGGCCAGGGAUUUGCCAUGGUGUAGCUGGUAGUGCCUACGUCUUCCUGCUGCUAUACCGACUCACAGGAAACUCUAAAUACAUCUACCGAGCCCAAAGGUUUGCUCAAUUCUUAUUUACCGAGGAAUUCAAGGCUGGUUCUCGAGUCCUUGAAAGUAUAUACAGCUUGUAUGAAGGCUUCUCCGGGACGGUGUGCUUUCUGAUCGAUCUGCUGCAGCCCAAUCAGGCUGAAUUCCCUCUCUUCAGCGUCUUUGUUUAGAAGGCUCCAUCUUCCACUGUAGUCCUGCACAAGUCCCCUGUGAUUUCCUGAGCCUAACCGAGGCAGUUUCCACAUAAGCCACAUUUAAUGGUAUCACAACCAUUAGCCUUAACAUUGCCGCCAGAAGGAAGGGAGCAGGCAGGUGAAGGCAAUAUGAUACCAGACUUGAAUGAGAACCAACAAAGUAAAGAUACCACAAUUCAUCUAAAAACCAUAGAGAUUUAAUAUUUCAGGGAAUAGAUGUGAAACCAGAGAUAAGAGGAAAAAGGGAAAGAGAAAUGAUCUGCUUUUCAGUUAUGUCAUAGAAAACUAAACUGAAGUGAAGACUAUGGCAAUAAAAUGUUAAUACCUUCAUAAUUGGACAGAGAAUUUGACCAUUUGUGGGUGCCCUCCACCCCUAAAUUCAGAAAUAAAGGCAAAAAAAAAAAAAACCUAAAGUAAUUUCCCAGCUUAAAACAGCUAGGAGAAAUGAAGUAUCAGGUUUCCGAAGGACAUAAAAGGAAAUUGUUGGUUGUCCUAUGCCUUUACUUAUUGAAAUUUAUGAAUUUUACUGAAUAGUGAUAUUUGCAUAUGAAUCUCUAUUUUUAUCAUUACCCUGGGCACUUUAAAGAAAUCAUACCAUAACUUUGUUUGAACACCAAAAUUUGAAGUUUCCUUAGGCCUUAGAAUAUCUCUUUUCCUGGUUCCUUUUUCUUUCCUAAGCUUAAUUAGAAUAGCAAAAUUCAUAAGCUAGCAAAUACUGCAACAAGUGUUGCUGUCAAGUGUUUUUCUCAACUGAAAGUGUGAGGUGUGUAUUGUCUAUUGUUAGCAAUUUUUAAAAUGCCUUUAUGUAUGCAAUUCCUGUGAAGCUAUUAGCCGAACUGUAAAAUAUACUCUUGGUAAAAAUCACUCAUUUCAAAGAUCAGGGUAACUGCUACAAAGACGUGUCAUUCUGCCUUUGAUGGAAUACUGUGUCCCCUGGGACAGGCAAACAAAGGCUGAGAAAGGCACUAGUGUUUGUGGAAAGAAUUUUUGCUCCAUUUUAUACCAUUAGAGUAAGAGAUGAGUAAACUCUCUGGCUGGUCAACUUACCUGCCAAGACACAGGGUCCACUAGAAAUUGGCUACAAUACUCAUUAAGACAAGUUAUCCUAUCAAAUUCUACUCUGCUGUAAACACAUAGAAGUUGUAAAACUGCUUCAGGUAAAUAGUAGUUUACAGAACACUGUAGGAGCAUCUGUCACUUUAAUAUGCAGAACAGAGUUUACCCCUUUCUUAGACUUGGUCACUGACAAUUUCAUAUAUGAGAUUGAGGAGGAAAUUGUGUACUGCAUAAGACUGAAUUAUUAAAAUAGUCAUUAAAUAUUUAGAUAUAUGUAUAUAUAUGUACAAUUGUAUGUGUGUGUGUAUAUGUAUGUAUUCUACAUCUAUCCCUAUGUAAACCCAAGUACUUAUUCUUUAGUGCAAUAAUUAUUAACUUUAAUCAUAGUUGGACUUUGGGAGGAAUUAGGGAAUAUUCUGUUGCCUAAAAAUAUUUAUGUGUCUGUUAGUGUGUGUAUAUAUAUAUAUAUACCAGUAUGUUUGUGUGUGGGGGGGGGCACGCGCGCUCUUUUUUUGGGGGAGAAGAGGACCUCUAGUGUUCAUAAGAUUCUCAAAGAAUCUGACCAAAGAAAGGUAAGGACUAUCUUUGUAUAUUUUAUGAAUCUGUAUAUGUUUGCACUCAUCAAAAUAAACCAGGAAGAAGUGAUUUUGAAAAGAAUACACCUUUUUAGCUUAUUGUCCCAUUUUCACAUCCUCUGACAUAAGCAUAUGCCACAUAAAUUGCAGCUUUCAUAUUACUCCCCAAAUUGGGUUCCAGAUAUUCUUUCAUAAAUAGGCAAGUACCUCUUGGAAAGCCUUAAACAAGAUGCCUUCUACAAAGUAGUCUCCUUUUGAAAUGAUAAUGAUGUUUGCUUCCACUAUCUCAUUAUAAAUUCCUUUCAGAUGACCUCUAUAGAUUUAAAAUAAUAACCAUCCAGUAUACAAAGCUUUAUGGAAACAUACUUUUUUCAUCAUCCAGCAACCUCUCAAGAUGUAUUUGGUAAUUGCUCCAAAGUCUUACAGCUAGGAAAGGGCAAAACAGGGAUUCAAACCCAGGGUUUCACUUUCAAAGUUUAUUUAUUCAAUGUUUUAGACAAGAAUCUGGGGAUACAGCAGUGAACAAAAUACCCCUUCCCUCACAGUUACUUUCUGUUUCUGUUUGUUGAUCCUUCCACCAUUCAUCCUUGAGAUCUAAAACCUAAAGCACUACGAAGUGAUACUCUAUCUAGCUCAUCUUAUCAAUUCCAUUCCUAGCAACUUCAGGAAAACUGGACCUCUUUCCUGCUUACUCGCCCUUUUAAAGUCUGAUAGGGUGACUGUGGCGUUGUGCUGACCAUUAUGAAAAGACAACCCUUUUGUGCAUGUCAAAUCCAAGCAAAGGCCAUGUUUGAGUGAUGUCUUUAUGAAAUGACAUCUCAGUGAAUUAGAAAAAAGGAUAAGCUUGUUUAGUACUUAAACAUGUUGAAACUUUUCAUUUUCCUGAAAGAAUAGAAUUAUAUUUAACAGAUUGGGGAGGUCCUCUUCUAUCUUGUUUUCCCAAGAAGGGGGAAAAAAGGCUCUUGAGACUUUUGCUGUAGGAAAGUGUAGCAUGUCACUUCUUAUUUAAUUAUCCAACUUGUCACCUUCUAUGUGCUAACAUUCUUAAUGUAGUACUUAAGCAUGUUGCCUCCACCACCACUAGUAUAACUAUAAUAUUAUUUACCAUAUGUGGCAUGAACAAUUAUAAACCCUGAAGGUAACAGUGGAUAUGUUUGAGGAUACAUUGAAAGAGUCUCUCAACAAUAGGGAGACUGCAUUAUACUUUGAUAAUAGGACAUUUUGGAAACCAUUACAACUCUGUGCAUUUUGUUUCAUUAAUGCAAUUAUGUACUUUUUCUUCCGCACACACCCUAAGAUAUUAUACAUCUUUAUUUUAUCCAAACCUGUUUCGGUCAUCUGUUUUUACUUUCCUUCAUUCCACUUGUAACCUGGUAACUGAGGAGAACAGAGGUUU